GCGUGCACACGCGCCUCCACAUCCCGAGAGCCUUCAGUACGGGGUUUGUGUGUUGAGCCAAAAAAAUACCGCCUUCAACAACAACGCGACUGAAAUAUGGCUUUUCAUCGAAAUGGGACAUAAAAUACGGCUUUCAGGGGAGAUAGGGUUUCGUAAGACAAACUCCCGACCGCAUUUGUGUUGGUCUUUGUGCGCCGCCGAUGGUAGAUGGUAUCCAGCGAGCUGUAUCUGGCAGAGGAAGACGACGACUCGGCGAGUAAUAUGAAGGAGAUGAUCGGAGGCUGCUGCGUCUGCUCGGAUGAGAGAGGCUGGGCCGAAAACCCCCUAGUCUACUGCGACGGUCACGGCUGUAACGUUGCCGUCCACCAAGCCUGCUAUGGAAUUGUCCAAGUCCCCACAGGCCCCUGGUUCUGCAGGAAAUGUGAAUCACAGGAACGUGCUGCCAGGGUGAGGUGCGAGCUGUGUCCCCACAAAGACGGAGCACUGAAACGAACAGAUAAUGGAGGUUGGGCCCAUGUGGUUUGUGCUCUUUACAUCCCAGAAGUGGAGUUUGCCAACGUAUCCACCAUGGAGCCCAUUGUGCUUCAGUCUGUCCCUCAUGAGCGUUAUAAUAAGACAUGCUACAUCUGUGAGGAACAGGGCCGUGAGAGCAAAGCUGCUACUGGAGCCUGCAUGACAUGCAACAAACAUGGCUGCCGACAGGCCUUUCAUGUCACAUGCGCUCAGUUUGCUGGACUGUUGUGUGAAGAACAGGGCUCAGAUGCUGAUAAUGUGAAAUACUGUGGAUACUGCAAGUACCAUUACAGCAAACUGAGAAGGAGCAAAGGCCGUGGUAGUAGGGCUCAAAGCUUAAGUGAUUCUUCCACUCACUCUUUGGAUAAGCACCAUGACAAGGAAAAGAAGAAACAUAAAGAAAGAGAUCGCCACAAACCAAAGCACAAAAAGUCUUUGGAACUGUCACCUUCCCUGGUGCCAACACUGAUGGUGACCUCUGAGAAGAGCUACAACAGCAGCAGUGGCGGAAGCGUCUCCUCCAUCUCCUCCACUCAGAAGCGACUGGACGACAGCGGGGGUCGUUUCACCAAUGCCAACUUCCAGGAAGUUCCGUCUCACUCCAGUUCCAGCUCCAAGGAUGGCAGCUCCUCUGACGGCAAGAGCUCGGAUGGCAAAAGCAAGAAGACCAGCAGUCACGGCACCAGCUCCAACUCUGGCUCCAGGGGCCGCAAGUCGGCUCCGGGCAAACCCCACGGCCCUGUGGUCACCACAGCGACGUCAUCCACAGCUCCCUCGUCAACCAGUCCUUUUCAGCAAGGUCUUUUAUUAGGCAGCAGCAGCAGUAAAUCAGCCACUAGUGGGUCUGUGGUUCAGCCCACAUCUGAUUUCCUCAGCUUCUCUGAUCCUAGCCUAAGGGCCGGCGACUCGUACACGCCUCCAUCCUUCAGCCGUUGCCACGUGAAGGGCGGUGCAGAAAGCGCAGCCUCUGAAGGCAUGGUGGCUCUCAACACCUUCAGCAUGAUGUCCCUCCCCCAGAGCUCAAGCUCAAGCAAGCAUUACGAAAACUGUCACCCAGCCGGAGAGCUGGGAAGCCUGGCUUCGGCGGGCUACAAACGACCCCAGCCCUCCUCGUCCUCUUCUUCUGCCACAUCGUCUUCAUCUACGGGCGAGGAUGGCGUGAAGAAGAAGAAGAGAGGGAACUGGAGGAACCGGUAUGGACCGUGUUUUACCACCCAGGACAGUAAAACCACUGAUACGGGAGAGCACGGCUCCACAAUGCCCUCAUCCACUUCCCCCUCGCCAUCCUCCAUGAGCACCAUGGCCUGCCGCGGGAGCGCAGUCAGCAGCACCGGAGGUGUGGGAGCAGUGGGUGCUGGUAGCAGCAGUCUGGGGAUUCAGAAGUCCCCAUCCCUCCUCAGGAAUGGAAGCUUACAGGGUAUGACUGUCAGCUCCCCAUCUGCUGGACCAGGUUCGUACCCCAGCAGUAGUGAUGUAGCCUGCCCGUUGCCCAGUGCGGUGUUUGGAGUGUCUCUGUCCGGAUCCAACUCCGAGUUACCCGCUCAUCAGUCAGUGGUCACUUCCAUGCCCACUCUCACCUCACUGCCCCCGACCACCCCGUUUACCAGCACCUCAUCCACACAUUCAAACUCACUACCGGGAUCCUUUAACUUGGCGCCAUCCCAUAUGUUCGGAAACAGGCUGAAUCCGAAUUCCGCCAUGGCUGCACUGAUCGCCCAGUCCGAGGGCUCCCCGGCAGAUCAGGAGCUCGGAGACGGAGCUCUCGGCUUCUCCAGAAGAGGAAACUCACCAAAGACAAACCUCUCCCCUCGGUCUCCGUUAAGUGGGAUUCAUAUCCGGUAUGACUCGUCAGGACCGUUGGUUCCAGGGCUCGGAUCCGGUUCGGAUACGAUGCCCCCGGUGGCCACCAGCAUCGACCAGCUGCUGGAUCGGCAAUGGAAUGAAGGACAGCAGUUCCUCCUACAACAGGGCUCACAAGGAGAUGUUCUAGGAAUGCUGAAGUCCCUGCACCAGCUGCAGGUGGAAAACCGGCGCCUGGAGGAACAGAUCCGAACUCUCACUAUGAAGAAGGAACGACUGCAGCUCUUGAGCGCUCAGCUCUCUGUGCCUUUCACCCCCGCGAGCACCACGGCCACCACUGCCUCCUCUCCUCUGUACCCCAGCAACACUCACGCAGACAUGCUGCACAGCAAGAGCAUUCAGCUAGGCAGCAGUGUUUUAACAGAGUCCUCUCAACCCUUGCCCACUCAGGAUCCCCUGUCUGGUGGCCAUAGCAGCGGAAGUAGCACGUCCUCUCUCUCCACCCCUCCGUCUGCGGCCCACAGUCCCCCCCAGCAGCAGGUGAACGGAGUCGGCAUGGCCGGGGUGGCCGUCCAGCCUGGCAAUGCCAACUCGUCCCUGCCUGCCAUAACCGGGGUGACUGGUCUGAUGGGCGCUCUGCAGGGGAACCACCUGGCCAUAAGUGGCUUCGUGGGCGCCCUAAACGGAGUGAUCCAAACCUCCCCCGGCCUGGCCCAGAAUAGCAGCCCCCUGCCCCAUCCCUCAGCAGCUACCAGCGCAUCCCUGCCCAUGUCCAACAGUCUCAGUAACAGCAGCAUGACCACUGCGAAAACCAGUGCGGCAAGACUUUUCAGCGACCAGCACAGGCAGAUCCUUCUCCAUCAGCACCAACUUCAGCAGCUUGUCAACUCCCAGCAGUUCACACCGGAACAGCAGCAGGCUCUGCUCUAUCAGUUAAUGCAACAACAACAACAGCAGCAGCAGCAGCAGCAGCAGCAGCAGCAGCAGAAUGACAUACAGCUACAGCAGCUGCCAAUCAACAGCCUCCUGCCUGCCACGCAGCCAGCCAUCACUACAAACCCCUUCCUCGCCAUGCACAACGACAGCAACACUCCUAAAACUGGAGUUAGUACUGCAACUAUCAAACAAACAAAAAGACUCGGGGAGAAGGCUGUGUCUGUGACAGGACAGGAGAAGACCUGAUGUAGAAAACAACAUUUCGGAGGAGUUCUGCCUCAUGGAUCCCUCUCAUCUGCCCACCCCAAGAGGCUUGCAAUCUGAGCAGCAAGACCAGAACAUUCACCCACCGCACGAAACCCUCACCAGCACCAGCCUUGAUAUGUACACACAUUUGCCAGGUUUGAUGCCCAUCUGGCAAACAACAUGCUGCACUGAGUUUGAGUAAAUCACUUGCUGUAAACGUACUGGAUCCCAUGGGGGCCAAAAGACAGGCUCACACACAUACGUGCACGCACACACACACACGGUCUCUCUCUCUCACCCUGCCAGUGUGCUGAAAAUGACACGCUGGUGCGAGUCGCUGUGGGCGGAAAGUGUAGUUCGCGUAGAUCGAGGUCUCAGAUGGGGAUUGUAAGACGGAGAUGCUUCUGGAUGAACAGUAUCUGCUCACCGCUGUUACCUCUCUAUACCCCUUUAAAAAGAAACACUUCACGAUAAUCUCAAUAAAAACCUGUCGUAUUUGUCAGUCUGUGUCAAAUAUUUCAACGCUGAAGCGAUCAGACAUUUGUGCACCAUGAAGGCCUUCUCUGCAUCCUGAUCUUGAGCUUCCCCUGUGUGAGGAGGCGUCCCAAAGGUCCACAAACUCUCUCAAUGACCCUGCUGCACUCUUUGAAGAGCAACUACCUCUCAAGCCAGGACACACAGACCAGGCCCUGAUCCCAAGUGCCUGGCCCCGAUCUCCAAGCUGUCAGCGAGGGGCCGCGCGCUGAAAAAAAUCCUUCCCUUUUUAUUAUUUCCUCCAGUCGAUCCAUUUUUUUUGUGAAAUGAAUUAAUACCAAUCGGCGUCGCUCAGGCAAUACCAGUUCAGAGAGUCCCAGAGAUCUCUGCCUGUACAGUGACUACACUGAAAAAAAACAAAAAUUAUUUCGAAUGUUUGUGCUGCAUUGAUUAUUUUUGAAGCCAACUUUCUAUUGUUCCUUUUUUAUUUAUUUGCAUUCGUGGAUAUUGGGCGCAAGGUAAUAUAUUCUAACGCUCAACUCGCAAGAUGUUUUUAUACUACUGUACAAAAUUCUCAGCUCUUUUGAGUCUUGUAAACAUUUUGAUGAACAUGUCUGGUGUUUGAAGUUAUAAAAAAAAAAGAAAAAAAAAAGAAAAAAGCCUACUUGAUAAUUUUGUGGUCUUGUAAAUAAGCCUGUUUUUCCCUUUUUCCCUUUUGUUGCUAUGUAAAUCUACAGAUGCAUAUUGGAUUAAGAAUAAGCUGUCAGAAUAAAUAAGAUUUAGUUUAGCACACUUUUACCUCUUUUCUGUUGUAAAUAAAUAUUUGUGAUUCACUUAGUGGUGUGAAGGACUGUUUCGAAGCACUGUCAGUGUGUUCAGAUCUUUUUCAACAGGCUCUCCACAAGACUGGUGACUGGAUAAAGUGUAUUAAUUUAUUUUUGUAUGUGCAGGGACUUUUUUUUUUUUGCACCGUUUUAUUGAUGUGGUUUUAUACGUUAUAGAUGUGGUAUGUCCACGUUCUCAUGUAUCUGUACAGAAAUUAUGCAAAAUCUCUAAAGUUUGUAUUUAAAACAUCAAAAGUGAAACCACACGAGUCCUGCUUCAUAUUGAGAAAUUCUGAACACUGAGAUUGUAGUGUUGCGCUUUUUUCAGUGAUAAAUUAAAAUCUGUUUAUUACAA